GAGCAAAAAAUAGGGUAUCUCAGUUAACUCUGCGGGCAAUCUUCCCUUCUUUCUCUACCCCUCUCGCUCUCUUCAGUGUUCAGUCUUUUCCAAUCUCCGGUAGCAGCAGAUCUGCCGGCGGAAGCAAUUCAGCAACACCACCAGCAAGUCUGCACCUAAGGUACAUUUUACAGCACCCCCAGGCCUCAGCAGCAGUCCAUAUAAGCACCCUUCCCUUGUAUCUCCUCUGCAAAGUUCACUUCUUUCUUAAAAUCGAUAGUCACGUGCGGUAAAAUUGAGUAGAAAGGAGAUCCAUUUCCUUUGUCGCAUCUUUAAGGGAGCGUUUUCGCAGCUCAUAAGUCACUGCACCGUGCACCCAGCCCCUCUCUCUCUCAUUGAAGCUAGACAAGAUAAUAAGAAAUGAAUUGUGGUUAGGUUAUCGUUAGAAGGGAAAAGAAAAGAAAACAAAAAUCAUGGCAAGCAGCAGCCUUAGAAAUGCAAAGAUCAAGACAAAUAGUUGCAAACGAAUAGUGAAGGAGCUGUGUUCCUAUGAGAAAGAGGUUGAGAGAGAAGUUGCUAAAACAGCUGCGAUGAAGGACAAAGGAGCUGACCCUUAUGACCUUAAGCAACAGGAAAAUGUGCUGGCUGAGUCGAGGAUGAUGAUUCCAGAUUGUCGUAAACGCCUAGAGGCUGCCUUGGCUGAUCUGAAAGCAAUUUUGGCUGAAUUAGAAGAAUCUGAUCAGAAGGAAGGCCCAGAAAUUGAGGAUGCCAGAAACACUAUUGCUGAGGUUGAACAGUUGUUUCAAACAACUGAUGCUUAGCGUCUAUUGAAUGUAGAGAGCUUGACAUUAAUGGUAUGAAUUUGCAUGGUUUGUUUCUCUGAGCAUGUAUUGCUACCUUGAUGGGUGUUGGAAUUUGUUUUCUGCAAACCUAAUCUCUUGCUGAAAUAUGCUUGUUAAAGAAUGUUAUUACAUGAAA